AUGGAAAAAGAAUUUGUCUAUGAAGUCCCCUCGAGGUAUUUCAAAGAUGCUAUUGUUAGAUCAUGCAGAGUGAAAGUUCAAAUACCUCUGCCUCACUAUGUUUCCGUGGAUGACUACGCCGCGGUAAUUUGCUCUUCAGAACAUGGUCAUUUUAUAACGUUUGAAGGUGUGAUUUGUCGAAGGUAUGAAUAAUCACUUUUUUUUUAGAGGCCAGACGCGUUUUGUUAGAUUUCGUUUUGGAAGAAACUGAAAAAUGGGAAGACGAACGGGAUGAAGCUGCAAUUGAAGAAUUCAGAAAAAGAUCCGAUUCAACUUUGAAAAACGUUAGUUUAUAGUUUUUUUUUUCAUUAAUAAUUUGUCUUUUUUUCAGUUUGCUGAUCUUCAUAGAACGCCUUCAAAAAUAGAAGACAAUUUUGCGGAGAAGUUUUUGUACAUAAUGUCAAACUGUUCGAGCCAAAAUCUUCUCACUUUGAUGAACAUGGAAAUUUUGAUGCGAAAAAAAAGUUUUUUUUUAAAAUUAGUAUGUUAUUUUUUUAGUCAAAUUUUAGAUGAUAGAUUUGAUUCGUUCUCGCAAUUGGGAAAUCGCUCAAGUUUCGAAUCAAUGUGAGCGGGUAAUAUUGAGAUUGAGACUAUUUUGGAACGAUUCAAGUUUAUAGGUUUUGUCCGAGGAGCAAAAUGGGAACCUCAAUCCGCAGCAGUUGACAAUUUUGAACAAAAAGCUCAGGGUAAACUUCAUUUUCAUUUUUAGGCGAAUUUAAACACUUUUUGAUAAUUAUUAAAAUUUUUAAUCAAAGGCAACUUUAAGACCCUUUACACCACAUACGCUAAUCAAGUUGAGGAACUUGCUGCUACACAGAGAAAACAAUACAGGUGAUUUUGAAAAAAAAUAAUAAGAACGAAAAAUAAUAUCCUUCCAGACAAACGGUUGAUUCUCUAUAUUCACGAGGUUCUAUCCCAGCAACUUUCGUAGACGAGAUCGAAAAAGAAGGAAAUUUUGAGUGAGAAAUAUGUUAUAUUCUAAUAAUUUGCUUGCGUUUUCAGAGGAUCUCUUCUGAUAUGGGACCCUGAAGGGGUGAGAAGUGAAGGGAUCGAUGAAAGUCACACGAUUUACAUUGGUUUGUGUCAUAUUUUUGUUUUUUGAUAACUUUUUUCUCGCAAUCUUCCGCAGUAAUUUUUUUUUUUUGCAUAUUUCCGCUCGGACAAAGUCGGAAUGGUGGAUAACGGCUGCUAAAAGGAAGAGGCUCAAAAAAGGUCGUAGAAAGAAAACAAAAAAGAGCCUUUAUCGAGCCUUCCAUUUUUUCCGGGAUUUAGAGGCUCACGAAAUGGCACAAAAGGAAGCAAAAAGUUUUUCCUUCUUUCCCGACUCUGCCUAUGCGCAAAACUUUUUGAAUGAGCCAAAACUUGUGCGCAGAGCAAAUCUGUGCCUAAAUAUUUCAUGUUGCAUUUUUCCAUGCACCUAUUUGUUUCAUUGCUAAUGAAAACCACCUGGUUUCGAGUCGAUGUUGAUAUAAACUUGUGUAAUAGGUGCUAGGAAAAUGAGUGUUUUCUGCCUGCGAAAUGGAUUUUUUGAUACCUCGCAGCUGUUGCCGCUGCGUUUUAAAACGCGAGGGUGGAUGACGCGCGAAAAUUUUUUUCCCAAAGAUAAAAGAACUUUCAUGCUUUUCUUUGAGUUCUUUCUUGUCGCUUUUUACCGCCUAUUAGUUUUCUCUUAUUACUAACCUUUUUCGUUCUUUCUUAAAUCUAAAUGCGCGUGAAAAACAAAAGUCAAAACUUGCUGGAAAAGUCUAGAUUUCAUGGAAAUUUUUUUUUCUUUUAAUGUAUUAUUUUUUUUUCAAAUUCAAGUUCAUAGAGAAAACAUGUAGACUAUCACUUCCAAAAAGAGAUUUUUUUCUUCUUUUCUAAAAAUUUUUAACUUUUCUUUUCUUCUAUAUUUUUCAUGCGAACAGAAGCAAGAAGUUUCUCUCUUUUUUCUUUUCUUUCCCUUCUUUUCUAUUUUUAGUCAUUUUUUGUAGUGUCUUGUUGAAUAUUUUCAAUAUUUCUUUUUCAGGCGCUCAGCUGAAAUCAAUGCACAAUGCUCGGAUAGUCAGUGUUCGCUGUCUCACCGACGUUUGCCAGACUUUCAAGGUGUUAUAAUUUGUUUAUCCCGUUUAUCAGGAUGAACGAGAGCUCAGAAAGACGGAACUCCUGUUUCAUGAUUGUUUUGGAGUGUCCUAAAAAAUAUUCUUCGGAUUUUAGAUAUUUUUCGGUAGAGUUUCAUUUUAUUAUUUUUUUUUUUUUGGUCAAUUAUUGUUUAGAAGUUUUCUAACAAUGACAGAACUUUGUCAGUUGAAGUAUCCAAGGUCAUUUUGAGCCUCUCUGAAUGUGAAUGUUGUUUGAAAAAAUUUGGCCUUCCUAGAACUUUACCCAGUAAAUAUCAAGAUUACAGGUUGUUUUUCUUAACCACCAACGCUGCUUUGAAUUUUUUGGCACUUGAAGAUGAAUGAAAUCAAUUAUUCGAUUUUAGGAAGAUUGGACACCUUCGAGUAGACUAGAAAUGGCGACAAAGAUUUAUGCAAGGUCACUUGGAUCUUUGAUCCUUUUGGUCCCGAGAGAUCCUUUCCAUCAUAUCAACUCAUCUUCUAGUUGGUUUUUUACGACUUUUUUGUUCAAAAAAAAAAAGAAUUUAUUGUGUUUGAAAGUGAAAAAACGCUUCUGUAAACAUUUUGCUAAAGUUUGGAGAAGUUUUCGUUGAACUAUCUAUUUGAAAUGAGUCAUUCUCUUUUCAGGUUUCCAUCGAGUUUGUGAACAAUCAACAGAACUGCACUUUUCACCGCUGGGCGAGCAAUUGAAAGAGGUUUUGGAGGCGGUUUGAGACGCUUCAUAGACAUUUCGAAAAGAAGUCUUCAGGCGAAAAGAGGAAACUCGUGGCGAGCCGACUGUCUUCUGGCAAGCUCUCAAAAGAAAGAAGGGGUGAGAAUCAAAAUUUGGAAGCCGUAUGAAAUGCUAUAGUUUAUAUUACUGAUUUAAUUCUGAUAGAAUUUACAGCAGAACCUCGAGAAAGCCUAUAUAAGUAGCCUUAAUUAAGAAGAACGAGCCGAUUUCUACCCAAAAUGUGCUUCGAAACGAAACUGCUCUCUCUGUUGGAGAUGUCUACUGCACUCGUCAUUCCAAUUUGCAUCAAGUUCAGGUUCUUCAAUUUUUGUGACCCCAAAAACUUGAUCUUCCUUUUUUCAGAUCGUUUUUCACCUCGUUGUAGAUGAUUUGCUCCCAGCGGCUGAGAUCAAUAGCAGGUUUUUUUUGACAUAAUAUCAACCAGUCUUGUUCGAAAUGAAAUGAUGUGUUUUAGUAAUCGCAUAUGAGAAGGGUAAUUUUUCAUCUGUGUGUUUUUGUGGACAGUUUUUGAAAAAAAAAAAGCCAUUUUCAAAUUGAUUUCCCGGAACUCAAAAUUAUCACUGACUCUUGAAAAUUCAGUUGCUUUCUUUUUGAAUUUCGCGAAGUCUGUUGGAAAAGUAAUUUUAGAUUAAUUUUUCUCAGCUCCUAAAUAUUCUCUGAUACUUGACGAUUCUUUAGUUUAAACUUUCUUAUUUCGACAAUUUCUGUUUCUCUUUAUUUCUGAGAUCUUCUUCAGGCCAGGUUCACACUUUCGAGUGAUUCGAAAAUGUGUUAAUUUUUCGGCGUCCUUUUCGACUUGCCAACACAGUUUUCACCUCUUAACUUACUACUCAAAUUUCUAUUUCAACAGAUAUCGUACUAAUACUCUAUUAUAAAUUUCAUUCUUAUUUUUUUGUCGAAUUUUGUUUUUGUAGACACCCUUGUUUGAAUGGGAUCCGAAACAUUAUCAGAAUGGCGGCCAACUUUGGAAUUUCCACCAUUCAUCUGCCCUUGCUUCUCAUUGAUCGUCCUGAUGAGGUCUCGUCAAAAAAAAAAAACAGAUGGUUUUCUUUUGAGUUCAGUCGACCACGAUUUCCUGGUGUGUGAAACGAGCGGAGAUGGUCUACAAAUGCGUCAAAGGAUACCUCAUGGAAGUGAGUUUAAAGUGCGAACCCAAGAAAAAAAAGAUUUCUACAGAAGUUCAUCUCCAGUCUCUUUCAAAAUAUGAUAUUCAAAAAGUGACUUUUUUGAGAGAUUGUGAAUUUAUUUUUAAGAAAUUUCUUCUUUUUACAAAUUUUUUUGUUCGAUGGAAAAAGUAUUCAAUAUUUAAUCCCAAGAGAAAUAAAUCAAUCGGGUUUCCGAUAUGAAAACCCAAUUGAAAAUAUUAAAGAAGUUUUUUCAAAACUUUCGUACUUCAUAGAGAUUUUUUUCGAUAAGCUACAUGGAAUAGUUAUGCCAAACGUCAGUCAAGACCUUUACAAUUUCAUUUUUUUUUUUCUCCAAAAUUUUGAUUUUUUUUUUUGAUUUUUUAUCCGUUCCCUGCCAAUGACUCAUCUGCUAAUCUGAUAAUCUUCAUGUUUCUGGUAAAAUUUCCUUCAAAUUAGAAUUGCGUCAUAUUCCUACAUGGAGAAGCGGUGAUCGUCGGAAAGCUCAAAUUUCGAACGUUAGUAUCCAACAAAAGACAAAUUGAUAAAAUUGAUGAUCAAGAAACCUAGUUUUUGUUUCUGACCAAAGCAGUUUGCAGGUGUGUGGCGGCUCGUCGACCGACGCUCUUCCCCACUUCAACGUCCAUUUUCUGCUGCCCGACGGACUCGCUCCGGUCAUCUACGCGACCAUUUCGAGCAUGUUCCCGACGAUUUUCCACCUGGUUCCCAGCGUCGCCAUGAGCGGACAACGACUAGAAGAGCUGGGCGAGGAUUUCGACGAGGAAACACUGCUUGGAAACGAUUCUGAUGAUCCUCACGAAUGA